AUGCCCGCAUACUUUUACCAUAUCAGGAUCGAAGUACUGUAUGAUUCUACAUCUCUGGCAUUGAAUUCCAUCAGUGAGGCUUUUCUGCCUUUUCAAGCGCGGGACCGUGUCCUGGUACCAUCUGCGCUCCACGGCGGAUCGAAGAUAUCUAGCGUCAACCAUCAAAUACCCGUGGACACGUCUGCGACCAGGGACCUUGCGACCCGUUCUACGACGCUUGAUCGACGACUCAACUUUGCUUCUGCGGCCUCAGAUACCGUUCCCGCGACUGCCGGUUCUUCGACUCGCGCUACGCAGCAUCAGCACCAUAACCAACGUCGAGCGUUCGACUCGGCUCUUCUACGUGGUAAUCACUCUGUUUCGUCUUCUCGACCUGCCGACCUUGACACCGACGCUCGAACGGGCCCGAUACUUGUGGGGUGUAUCGAUAUGGUCAUACCCGAGGAAAGAUCAGGAAAGCGAGAUGCAAGACGCGACAGUGCCACGGCUGCACGAGGACGAACUGGUGGCGAGCAUGGAUCCUCGGUGAAUGCGGACAACCUCGUCGCUGCGGGCAUUGGCACCGACAUUCUGGGUGGAUUGCGCACUAGGGGCCGAUACAUCCCACUUGAUCGUGAGAUCCAUGAGAGUGUCUGGGGCAUCGUCCAUUUGUACCGGGACGUGGAGGAGACGCCCUAUCUAGCGGGUAAUGAGGAUGAUUACCCGACGUAUUUGAAGGGCUCUGCAGCUGUGGCGAGGCACCCGGGGGAUCACUCUGAUGGUGCGACAUCUUCGAAUCAUGUGGCGGCUGGCUCGUCUGUCGAGAAGGGCUCCUCCUCAGCUGGGAGGAAGCUGGCGCUUGAUGAGGAUUGCUCGACGCUGUGCAUCCUGGCGGUGCCUAGUUACUUGUCGCCUCCGGACUUUUUGGGCUUUGUCGGUCAAGGUACGAUGGAUGAUGUUAGUCAUUUUCGGAUGAUUCGCACGCCGCGGGCCAAUCGGUAUAUGGUCUUGAUGAAGUUUCGGAAUGGGAAGCGGGCGAAGGAAUGGCAGAAGGAGUGGAAUGGGAAGGUGUUCAAUAGCAUGGAGCCCGAGACCUGUCAUGUUGUCUUUGUCAACUCGGUUGAAAUCCAAGUCGUCGAGCCCGAGUCGUCCAUGUCAUACUCAUCUGCAGAACCUGGUGCCCACCCACCACCUCUCAAACACACAGCGUCUUCUACUGCUCCAGCCACACUCUCGACGAAACCUCUUGCUCCUCCUACACCCGCCUUGAUCGAGCUCCCCACGUGUCCUGUGUGCCUGGAACGUAUGGAUGAGACCACCGGUCUCCUCACAAUCAUAUGCCAGCACGUCUUCCACUGCACAUGUCUGCAGAAAUGGAAGGGGAGCGGAUGUCCCGUGUGCCGAUACACGCAAGACGAUUUCCGCAAAGGAUCCACCUCGGCGCCGGGGAGGACGAGCCUGCAGAAUGCAGCGUCUAACCUCUGGGCCUGUCUCAUCUGCGGCUCAGUAGGCUGUGGCCGGUACGAUGGCGCCCACGCCUUUGACCACUGGAAGUCCACCUCGCACGCCUUUGCCAUCGAUCUCCACUCCCAGCGCGUAUGGGACUACGUCGGCGACGCAUACGUCCACCGCAUCAUCCAGAGCAAAACAGACGGCAAGCUCGUCGAACUCCCCGCCGCCGACCAUUCCGCACUUGAUCCCCCCGACUGUGGAGACGCCGUGCCUCGCGAGAAAUUGGAGAACAUGAGUGUAGAAUACACCCACCUGCUCACGUCGCAGCUGGAAAGUCAACGCGCUUACUUCGAGGAAGUCGUGGAACGGGCCGCGGACAAGGCCUCUCGAGCCAGUGCCGCCGCCGCCGCCGCCGAAAAAGCAGCCAGUGAGACAACCGCGCGUUUGGCCGAGCUUCAAGCGAAAUUCGACACCCUCACAGCCGAGUCCCUGCCUAGCAUGGAGCGCGAACGAGAACGUCUCGAGAAACGCGCAGAGAAAUUCGAAGCACUGGCUCGUCGAAUGGAGAAAGACUGGCGCGAAGAAAAGACAAUCAACGCAAGCUUGAUGGAGAAACUGGACCACGUGACGAGCGAAAAGUCGGGGUUGAAGAACCAGGUCGAUACGCUAAAGGCGGAGAUUUUGGAUCUACAGGAGCAGAAUCGGGACUUGACUUUUUUCAUCAGUAGUAGUCAGAAAUUACAGGGUGCGGGGGAGGAUAUUGAGCAGGGGACGGUCAGUGUACCUGCUCCGCCACCGGCGGAAUCUGCGAAGAAGAAGCGCAAUCGGGGCAAGGGGAAGAAAUGA